AUGUUGAGGUUUAGGACUACAUGUCUACCAAUAAAGAAUACAUUAUCUCCAACAAAUUUGUUAUUCCCUUCUGUCUUCAAAUCAUCUUCCAACUAUAAAAGUAUUGCGAAAUUGCCAUAUACAAGAUUGUACCAAACUAAUGUUUCCAAUAUUUCAUUGAAAUUGCCAAUAUCCAUACCGUUGCGAUUUCAGCAAUUAACAUAUCCUUUUCUAGGUUCAAAAAGAUGCUACUCGACAGAAGGAAAUAAUAGUAAUAAUAAUAAUAAUGAUAGUACUAGUCCAUUGAAUAUCAAUGAGUCAUCAUUAAAUAAAAAAAAAUUAGAAGAACCACUAAACGAAGAACUUACUGAUAAAAUAAAUCCUUCCUCAAUAAGAUCACCACCUCCAAAUAAGACAAAUUAUUCACCACGUGCAGAAGAUGAAAAAAAAGGAAGGUCAGAAUUAGCAAGAUUAGUUUUAAUGACCUUAAGAGACUGGAAGCUAUUAUUGCUUGCAAUAACUCUGCUAACCAUAUCUUGCUCCAUUGGAAUGGCCAUUCCAAAAGUAAUUGGACUUGUAUUGGAUGCAUUAAAAAACGUAAUGACAGAUUCACCAUCUUCAUUAGAGACUUCAGAUUUACCUCCCAUCGCAUUUGGUCUUACAUUAUAUCCAUUUCUUGGUGCUUUUGCAGGUGCUUUGGUUAUUGGUACCAUGUGUAAUUAUGGUCGUUAUAUAUUACUAAGACUACUGAGUGAACGUGUUGUAGCUAGAUUGCGCUCACACGUUAUUAAAAAGACACUUCAUCAAGAUGCUGAGUUUUUUGAUCAAAAUAAAGUCGGUGAUUUGAUUUCAAGGUUAGGUUCUGAUGCUUAUGUGGUUUCAAGAUCAUUAACUCAAAAAGUUUCAGAUGGGUUCAAGGCAAUAUUAUGUGGUGGGGCAGGUAUAGGAAUGAUGAUAUCUAUUUCACCACAAUUAUCAUCAUUUUUGGUAAUUUUUGCUCCUGCUGUUGUUAUUAGUGCUUCAAUAUUUGGUAAGAAAAUUAGAGAUAUAUCUACAAUACUACAAGAAGCAACUGGACAGCUGACGAGAGUCUCAGAAGAACAAUUGAAUGGUGUUAAAACAGUACAAUCUUUUGUUGCUGAACAAAAAGAAAUAAGAAGAUAUAAUAAUGCAAUCAGAGAUAUUUAUAACAUUGGUAAGAUGUCAGCAGUUGUGAAUUCGAAAUUCUCCACAUCAACUAGCGUUAUUGGAGAUAUGAGUUUUCUGGUUGUGUUAGCCUACGGCUCAUAUUUAGUUCUCCAUGGCUCCUUGACAAUUGGUGAUCUAACUGCAUUUAUGCUAUAUACAGAUUACACUGCAAAUUCAAUAUUCGGACUCUCUAAUUUUUAUUCCGAAAUUAUGCAAGGUGUUGGAGCUGCCAAACGUCUUUUCGACUUAACAGAUCGUAUACCUGCUAUCAGGCCAACUAUUGGUGAAAAAUUCAUCCCAGGUGAUGGCUGUAUUGAGUUCAGAAACCUGGGGUUUGCAUAUCCAACAAGACCUGAAAAUCAAGUCUUUAAAAAUUUAAAUUUUAAAAUAGAACCUGGGACAAGCGUUUGUAUUGUGGGGCCUUCAGGCCGUGGUAAAUCUACCAUUGCACUACUAUUACUAAGAUAUUAUAACCCUUCUAGUGGUCAAAUUUUGAUUGAUAACCAAGAUAUUAUGAAGUUGAAUCCAAAAUCUUUAAGACAGUAUAUGGGGAUUGUACAGCAAGAGCCUGUUUUGAUGUCUGGAUCUAUUAGAGAUAAUAUCACUUAUGGUUUAAAAAGAGAAGCAACACCAGAUGAAAUAAGAGAGGUUUCAAAGCAAUGUUUUUGUCAUAACUUCAUAACAAAAUUUCCUGAUGCUUAUGAAACGAUUAUUGGGCCUCAUGGAACCUUACUCUCAGGUGGUCAGAAACAAAGAAUUGCAAUUGCUAGGGCACUUAUUAAAAAACCUAAGAUUUUGAUACUAGAUGAAGCUACAUCAGCAUUGGAUGUCGAGAGCGAAGGUGCGAUUAAUUAUACCUUUGGGAAGUUGAUGAAAAGUAAGUCUGUGACAAUUGUGAGUAUUGCUCAUAGACUGAGCACAAUUAGAAGAUCUGAAUAUAUCAUUGUUUUGGGAAAUGAUGGCUCUGUAGUGGAAACGGGUAAAUUCAAAGAAUUAUAUGCAGAUCCGACUUCUGAGUUAUCUAAACUGUUAAACGAAAAACAAAGUAGGGCUAAUAAAAAAGAAGCCCCUUUACCACCCCAAAGCGAUGGUGAAAAUGGAGAUGAUUUUGAAGGUAAUGGAACUCCUGCCUCUCCUCCAUCUCUUCACAAUAAUUUGGUAACAGAUGUUCUUAAGGAAGUUUCUGAUGAUUCAAGUCCAUUAAAAAUUGCGCCUUAA